AUGUCCUGGAUGGAUCCACACGAAAAUGCAAUCAACAGGUAUCGAAACCACUUUCGGUGUAAUAAGACGCAUGGGGUGAUCCUGGACAAUAUCUACAUGUCUCGCGAUACCUUGGAAGGGCUCAUGAGAGAUGAUGAGGAGUGCGUCGUUGAGCACGUGAAUAGCGGCCAGUCCGAUUUCAGGGACUCGCAGGACCUAGCUUCAUUGGCGGCCAUACGCCAGAAAUAUGGUCGGGGGAAGAAAUGA